AUGGUAACUAAAGCGCCGAUCUUCGCCGACCAGAAUUUCCUUCCUCGCCUGCAAGCCUUCAUUUCUGAGGCUUUGAGAUGGAGACCCGUGGCUGCCAGUGGUGGAUAUUCUCAUCGUGGUUUUUAUCUUUACAAGAACUAUUGUAUUCCAGCUGGGACUAUGGUAUUCGGCAACCAUUGGUCCAUCUCUCGAGAUCCAGAAAUGUACCCUGAGCCUUACGCGUUCAAGCCUGAACGUUGGAUUGACGACCACGGUUGCCUGAGAGACGAUUUGAAGUCCUUUGUCUACGGGUUUGGUCGGCGUGUAUGCCCCGGUCAACAUGUCGCGAACAGAUCGGUAUUCAUUAACUCACUCCUUAUUCUCUGGGCCUUCCGGCUCGCUCUGGAUCCUACACAGCCGUUGGAUGACAUGAUUUACAUGAACGGGGACAUACCAAAGCAGCCGUGCCCGAUCGAGUUUGAGGCGAGGAUUCCAGAAACGAAUCUCAGGCGCAUGAUGCAGGAUUAUCUUGAGGUUGCAUGA